AUGUUCCCCACCGUGCGUGUCAGCUUCUCAGGUCCUCUACGUCAGAUACAACCACCCGAUCGUUAUGCAGUUGUGAUGGAUGUCGUGCCAAUGGAUUCACGCCGUUAUCGCUACGCUUAUCAUCGUUCAUCGUGGCUGGUAGCAGGCAAAGCGGAUCCACCGCCUCCAGCGCGACUCUAUCCGCAUCCAGAUUGUCCCAUAAGUGUGGAGGCGCUAAGGAAACAGGUAGUCUCUUUCGAGAAGGUGAAACUGACGAAUAACGAAAUGGAUAAAAAUGGACAGAUCGUCCUCAACUCCAUGCAUCGCUAUCAGCCGCGCAUACAUUUGGUGCGCCUCGCCCAUGGUCAAAAUAUACCCCACACUCCAAAGGAACUGCAAGAAUUGGAUCACAAAACGUAUGUUUUUCCUGAAACUGUAUUCACAGCGGUUACAGCGUAUCAAAAUCAAUUGAUAACGAAGCUCAAAAUCGAUUCGAAUCCAUUUGCGAAAGGUUUUCGGGACUCAUCGCGUCUGACUGAUUUCGAUAGGGACCCAAUGGAUUCAUUUCUCCUCGAGCAACAUCUUCGCUCGCCAUUACGUUUCUUUCCCGAUCCUCUAAUGGCACAACUCUCGCCACAGGAAGCCGAUGCAGCUUCACUGGCAUUUCUCGAGAAGGCGCGUCAGCAUUUGCAAAUAUUUGGUCGUUCACCGUACACGGAAAUGCUGCUGCCACAAAUCUAUCAACGCCCGCCUGUACUCAACGCUUUCAAUAUUGGCAUGUGGCGGCAACAGUGGCCCCAACUGACCGCCGGUUUCAUAGCGAGCGCCAAUCAACAGGCUGCAGCCGCACAAGCUGCUGCCGCCGCCGCUGCAGCGGCUAAUGCUUGCCGCACACCGCCGCCACCACCACCAUCGACAAUAAUGGUUGGAGUGCCACAACCUCCACCAGCUACGACGCCAUCCUCGUCCGGUUCGGCCUCACCUGAUAUGCGCAUACGGCAUUUUCAACGCUACAGUCCGUAUCAGUUGCCACAGCAACAGCAACAACAGCAGCAGCAGCAUCAACAACAACAGCAACCGCAAAUGGCGCGUACCCCUCCACUUUGAGCGGUUAGCUGAGAGGGGAUGUAAAAUGUGCAAUCCAAUUUGUAAAAUUUGCAUAAAUUUUUGUUUUUUAGCUGCGUAGCUACAUAUGUUUGUACAUACAUAUUUAUGUAUUAACUAGCUAAUACAUAUAUUUUUAAACUCUCAAUGUUGCUAAAAGUCGCAGCGUGUUGAAGCAACAUGUUGCAGCAAUAUUUCUGUUUAAAUGCAAAACUCGUUUGUAAUUUUAUUUGCGUGUCCGAAAUGUAAAAAAAAAAAUGCGAUAACAAAAUUAAUCGAAAUAUUUAGCAAAUAUACAUUGUAUUGUAAAUGAAAUGUAUAAUUAAGUACAUUGUAUUAAAUAUGUGCGAUUACAGUAUUAAAAUUAGGCG